UGGCCGCUCCCGAAUCUCUUGAGCCCCGAAUCGAGCCGGACCGGGCUGGUAGGCGUCGGCAUCGCAUCGGACCGAUCGGAUCGUCACGGCCCCUGCUUGGAGGGCACGGCGGCACGGCAGCAGGACUUUCUCUUGCGCCCUCGGGCCCAGGGCCCGGCCGCCGCCGCCACGGGCGCCGGCCGGGAGGGCACGUGCCGCGCGCAGCUGUGGCCCUGCCAGAAGCUGUCCCAUGCCUGUGGCAAGCUCGUGUCCUGACGUGAGACGACGCCAGGGCGACGAUGACACUACUACCGCAAGGAACGCCGAAGGAGGAGCGAAGCCCCUCUUCGGCUCCAAGAGAGCGCCCGGGUGCACAGAAGGAGCGCUGGAGGAGCAAUACCACGGAAGGGCGCGAGGAACCACGAGCCCCUUCCGAUGCCAGGCGGCCGCUCACUUCAGCGACUUGACGGAGCAGAAGACUUUACAGCAGAAGCAGGAAGACUUUACAGUAGAAUCAGGAAGACUUUACAGUAGAAGCAGGAAGACUAGAAGCAGGAACUUUGGGUAACAACAACGUGAAGCAGGAAGACUCUACAGUAGAAGCAGAGCGGAUCCCCGCAGGCUCCCCGAGGACGGAGGCCGAGGGAAAACUUGGAGG